AUGAUGGCCGACAUAUGCCAUAGUGAUGCGUAUAGAGGUAUACUUGCAAGGUUGAGUGAACUCGAGGCAGCUAAGCGGAUCCUGGACUAUGACUUGCAAACCGAACGACUCAAGCAACAGGAAAAUGAAAAGCUUUGUGCUGCCCUCGAGCAAGAUGUCAUGGAGCUUGAAUCUGAAAUAUGGGAGUCUCAGAAACGCCUCCGACAAAGAAACGAACAGGUCAAAUAUCAUGAGGAAGCGCGCAUCAGUAUCGAAAAGAGUAUCGAACACGAGAUGUCGGCGCACUCUGCGUUGAAGCAAGAGCUUGAUGAGACUAUGACGGAAAAGAAACGCCGGAGCGAGGAAGCAGACCGUGAAACCUUUAGACGUGUCUGUCAGGUGAAAGAGCUCCUCGGCCGCUUGGGCGUAGAAUCAGGAGACAGAAUGGCUGCGACCACGGACGCCGAGGCACGCACUGGCGUUGAUAGAGAAAUAACUCUAGCACACGCUCACGUUGACUUCGAGAACCUGUCUGCGAUGAAGGAAGACAGCCUUGUAAAGCUCCUUGGUGCGAAAAACGAUGCGCUUCUACGGACCGGCUACGCGUGCUUCAGACAAGCAAAAGACAGCGUUGAUAUGAGGGCAGAGCUACUGGAUGAAGCCGCUACUACAAUGAGGAGGAAGUUUGAGUGUGGGUCUAUGCUCGGAACCUCGACCGCUGAUGCGGUAGAUUUUGAACUCAGACUGGUUGACACCGUCCUGCAAAUGAGUCUUCCGGAUUGUUUGAAUGAAUUUGAUGAGACUGCAGCAAAGGUGUCGAUUUUGAAGCAGUUAAUUGGGGGGGAUAUCGAGUGGCUCUAUGAGAGUCCAGCCCGGCUUCUAGGACAGGCCUACCUACAGAAAAUGCUUGAGGAAGAAAGAAUGGAGAACGCGGAAUCAGUCCCUAAUGCCAAAAACUCGGACAGAGUCGCUGCCUAG